GCUCUUUAUUAUUUCUGCCCUGAAGAAGACCGAACGUGGGAGAAGGAAGAGGAAGCGAACGAGUAUGAGUGCGAUCCGGUUGCUGAGUCUCAGAGCGUCGUCGGCUUGCCUGCUCGAGGCGUUCGAUCGCCAGUCGAGGGCGUCCUCGACGGCGCGGGCCUCCGUCAUCUGCAGUGCGCGGAGGAGCGAAGCCAUCCCGAAGCUCGAGCCCUUCAGCAGGAGCAAGAUCGAGAGGGGACUCAAGGAGCCUUCUCUCCUUCAGAAGUCCGAGAACGCAAUUUUAGAUUACUGCUCCACUCUUGAAGGGGACGAGUCAUACCGCUGCUGGAGAGCGUACUUUGAGCUCAAGGAUUUGGAAAAGCAACUUCCAAAGGACGAAGUCGAGUCGCUGGUGAUUCAGACGGAGGGAGUCAAGUCCCUUAUCGGUUGCCUGCAUGCUGUCACUGCAGCACGCGAAAAACCUCACCCAGAAAUUCGCGAGAACGAGACCAAGCCUGCGCCUAGAAAGCGCGCAGACAGCACGUGUCCGAUUCCUGACGGGUUACCGAAGACACAGGAGGAGCUUGAGGAAGAGGAGGCUGCCAGAAUGCCCGACUCUCCCUUCACCAGGCUUCUGCGCAGCAAGGGCCGGCACCCAGCUUGGUAUUCUCAGGCUCCUGACCAUGAAACCGACUAGAAUUUGUUACAGACGAUAUCAAAAUGUUACCUGGUUUGAGACGUAUAUACAUGAUAUAUAUAGAAUAUCCAUGUGGCUUGUCUUGCAUGUUUGAUUUGUGAGCUGGUAUUCAGGUGAUUGGCCCACAUGGUCAUUGUACAGGCGCCUUCUGUAAUUAUCCAUACAGCUGGUUAGGUGUCCCAUCUAGUUGGCUGGUAGUGCAGGGAUUUUUGCCUUUCUUAGUCUA